UGGGUCUAAAAGCGCACACCGUACGUGAGGUGCAAGUGAACUGAUGGGUGACUCCGUGUAGCACCGGAGACAGAGCCAGAGGUUCAGCGGAAGUCAAUUACAGAAGAUGAUCAGUCCCUGAGCGCGGAAGGAGAGGAGGAGGGGGAGUGACUCGAUACCGACUCCUGCUCCUGACCGACAGGGAGAUGCUCGCUGCUUUCCGGAUGGUCCAAGCUGCGCGUCGCGCCAGGGUAGAAAACAUCCAUCCAGCUGUCUCUGAUCUCCACCCGAACGCUCCCGCAGCAAAACCCGCGCUCCUCAUGAAUGGAUCUCCUGCUGUGCCAAGCCUCGACAGCCGGGGCAGAGUGCAAGCCACUGGGAUGCUGAUGAGGCUGAGCAGGAGCUGAGAUGAAGCUUGAGUCAGAGAGCGCACAGAGCUGUAAUCAGUGCCAGCCUCAACAAUGCUGUUGACCAAGUGCAUCUUUGCCCAAGGCCUGGCAAAAUGAUAUGAAGAUCUGUUAAAGAGGGAGAAACACUUUUUAGCUCAUCUUUUCACCACAGCCAUCUUCAUUGCUGCCACGCAAUCCCCCCGUUCCUCUGAGUUUGGCUUUCUUGGAGUUGUGUUGGGAUGGGGACAUGCUCUAAUAAAGGAUGGACUUACCGCUGUCUCCCUAAAGGUCACCGCCCUCUAAAGGUCAUGUCAUGGCCCCUGGCCCUGUGGCUAUUUACUCUAAUCCCUGUGAAUCCGAAGACGGCUCUGGGACAGACUAUGAACACCUUCCAGUCUGAGAGGAGGGAGUGGUCGUUGAACCAUCUCACUGUGCAUCAGUCCACCGGGGCUCUGUACGUCGGAGCCGUUAACAGAAUCUACAGGUUGUCUGCUAAUCUCACCCUCCUGGUGUCUCAUGACACCGGGCCGGAGUACGACAACAAAGCGUGCUAUCCUCCACUGAUCGUCCAGCCGUGCUCCGAGCCUUUGGCCUCUACCGACAACGUUAACAAACUGUUGCUCAUCGACUACUCCCACAAUCGGCUGCUGGCCUGUGGCAGCCUCUAUCAGGGCAUCUGUAAGCUGAUGAGGCUUGAUGACUUAUUCAUCCUCGUGGAACCCACACAUAAGAAAGAACACUACCUGUCCAGCGACAACCAGACAGGGACAAUGUACGGGGUCGUUGUUCCCUCCCAGGGUCAGGAUGCUACUCUGUACAUCGGCACUGCCGUUGGCGGCAAACAGGAUUACUUUCCAACCAUCUCCAGUCGUAAGCUCCCUCGUGACCCAGAAUCUUCUGCCAUGCUGGACUAUGAGCUUCACACAGAUUUUGUUUCAUCCCUGAUCAAAAUUCCAUCUGACACGCUGGCUCUCGUUCCACACUUUGACAUCUAUUAUAUCUACGGAUUCUCCAGCGGAAGCUUCGUCUACUUCAUGACCGUCCAGCCAGAGACUCCGGAGAAUGGGAUGCCUGCAGGUGGUUCCCCUGGGGAUCUGUUCUACACAUCUCGCAUCAUCCGCCUCUGUAAAGGUGACAAGAAGUUCCAUUCGUAUGUUUCACUUCCCAUGGGGUGUAUACACAAAGGCGAGGAGUACCGUCUGCUGCAGGCGGCUCACCUGUCCAAGGCCGGUAGGGUGCUGGCGAAGUCACUCAACAUCAGUGCUCAGGAGGAUGUGCUCUUUGCCGUGUUCUCCAAAGGACAAAAGCAGUACCACGACCCUUCAGAUCACUCUGCGCUUUGCAUCUUUACAAUCCAAGACAUCAACACCCGCAUUAAGGAGCGGCUGCAGUCCUGCUACCAAGGAGAGGGGAACCUGGAGCUACACUGGUUGCUGGGAAAGGACGUGCAGUGCACCAAGGCGCCCGUUCCAAUUGAUGACCAUUUCUGUGGCCUGGAUAUAAACCAACCCCUGGGGGGCUCCCAGCUGGUGUCAGGUCGGACAGUCUUCACAGAGCGAAGAGACAGGCUGACCUCGGUCACUUCCUACAUCUACAACGGGCACAGCGUGAUCUUCCUGGGCACCAGAACUGGACGGCUCAAGAAGAUCAGGGUGGAUGGAGCUCUGGAUGGAGGAGUGCUAUAUGAGACACUGACUGUGAUGAAGGACAGCAGCAACGUCCUCCGGGACAUGGCCUUUUCCCUGGACAGGAACUCUCUCUAUGUCAUGUCUGACAAUCAGGUGGUCCAGGUCCCCGUGGAGGCCUGUGAGCAGCAUGCUACGUGUGCCGAGUGCCUCAGCUCUGGUGACCCCCACUGUGGCUGGUGUGUCCUGUACAACAUGUGUUCGAGAAGGGAUCGAUGUCCUCGUGCGGACGAGAGUUUCCGUUUUGCCACCGACAUUGAUUGCUGUGUGAAGGUUAUUGCUCACCCAGACAGCAUCGCUGUAUCGGCACACAGCGUCCCACUGCUGCUGGAGGUGAACAACGUUCCCGACCUUUCUGCUGGAAUUACCUGCUCGUUCGGCCAGCAGGCUCAAGCCGAGGGUCAUGUCAACGGGAACAGGGUCAUGUGUCUUUCACCAGCUGGGAAGGAGGUUCCUCGGAUACCAGAAGGACAAGACUGGGCCAGUGUUGAGCUUCGUCUGAAUUCAAACGAGACGGGUCAAACGGUUGCCAGCACAGAGGUGAAGUUCUACAACUGCAGCACGCAUAAAAUGUGUUUGUCGUGUGUGAACAGCACUUUUCGCUGCCAUUGGUGUAAAUACAGAAACCUUUGCACCCACGACCCAAGCAGCUGUUCUUUCCAGGAGGGCAGAGUCAACGGGUCAGAGGAUUGCCCUCAGCUCCUCAACUCUGGUGAAAUUCUCAUACCGGCUGGUGAAGUUCGACCAAUUACCCUGAGGGCUCGAAACCUCCCCCAGCCUCAGUCGGGCCAGCGAGGCUACGAGUGUGUGGUUAACGUUCAAGGUGUCAGCCAUCGUGUCACAGCGCUGCGCUUCAACAGCACCAGUGUGCAGUGCCAGAACAGCUCGUACAUGUACGAGGGUGUGAAGAUCAGUGACCUGGCAGUAGACCUCUCCAUCGUAUGGAAUGGCAACUUCAUCAUCGACAAUCCGGAGAAGAUUAAAGUUCAUCUGUACAAGUGCAGUGCUCAGCGAGACAGCUGCGGCAUGUGUUUGCGGGCAGAGAGGAAGUUCCAGUGUGGUUGGUGCAGCGGUGAAGGUCGAUGCACCAUGAAGCAGCACUGCUCCCCCAUCUCGCCUUACGCUAGCCGGUGGCUCGACCUUUCUGCCAGCAACGUCAAGUGUACCAACCCUCGCAUCACAGAGGUGAGUCCAGUGGCUGGUCCUGUGGAGGGGGGCACACUCGUCACCAUCCAGGGUCUGAACCUUGGACUGUCCUUUUCCGAGCUUGAGGGUAACGUGGACGUGGCAGGAGUGUCGUGCACCCCACAAGAGGAUGGCUACAUUAUAGCAGAGCAGAUUGUGUGCAAGAUGGCUGCGGCUCCUGAUGGAAGUGCUCCAGGUCCGGUUAAGCUGUGUGUCGGUGAAUGCAGACCAGAGCUGAGCACUCAGUCCUCCCAGCUCUACUCGUUUGUGACCCCUACCAUGUUGGCUCUCACCCCGAGCAGAGGGCCUGCAUCUGGAGGCACUAAGGUCACCAUCGUUGGGGAGAAUCUGAGUGCAGGGAGCACUGUUAAUGUGUACUUCGGGAAUCAGACAUGUGAGCUGUACAGGAGGAGCAUGUCUGAGAUCGUGUGCUUCUCUGCUCCCUCUGUGACGGGAGCGGGACCUGUGCAGGUCGGUCUGAGUGUCGACCAGGCCACAGCUCCAGGAAGUUUGGCCUUUGAGUACAUCGAAGACCCCACGGUUCAGCGCAUCGAACCCCUCUGGAGCAUUGCGAGUGGACACACCACCCUGACAGUGACUGGGACAAACCUGGAUGUGGUUCAGGAACCUCGGGUUCGCGUCAAAUACGCCGGCCGCGAGUCAGUCAAUGUGUGCAAAGUGUUGAACACAACCACCAUCAGCUGCUUUGCACCGUCUCUGAAGGCAGAGUACAGCAUGGACCAGGACACGAUGAAACAUGUGGAUGAAUUUGGUUUCAUCUUCAAUAAUGUCCAAGCUCUGCUCACCUAUAACAACACAGGCUUUGUCUACUACCCCAAUCCUUACCUGGAGCCUCUCAGCCUCUCAGGUGUGCUGGAGCAGAAACCUGGAGCUCCCAUCAUUCUCAAAGGCCGUAAUUUGGUGCCAUCAGCCUCUGGUGGAGCCAGGCUCAAUUACACGGUUCUGAUUGGAGAUCGGCCCUGCUCCCUUACCGUUUCUGACACUCAGUUACUCUGCGAGCCCCCGAACCUCACAGGGCAACACAAAGUCCUAGUUCAAGUAGGUGGACUCCACAUCUCUCCGGGAGAGGUUCACAUCCGAUCAGACAGCUUGCUCACUCUCCCUGCUAUCUUCAGCAUAGCAGCAGGAGGGGGGCUGCUCCUCAUCAUCGUUAUCAUCGUCCUGCUAGCCUAUAGACGAAAGUCACAUGAGAACGACCUCACUCUAAAGCGCUUGCAGAUGCAGAUGGACAAUCUGGAGUCCAGAGUGGCUCUCGAGUGUAAAGAAGCCUUUGCAGAGCUACAGACAGACAUCAACGAGCUAACCAGCGAUCUGGACAGAGCCGGUAUUCCCUUUCUGGACUAUCGCACUUAUGCUAUGAGGGUCCUGUUCCCUGGCAUUGAUGAUCACCCUGUGCUGAGGGAGCUGGAGGUGCCAGGAUGCGGACAGGCGAGCGUGGAGAAAGCCUUGAAGCAGUUUGCUCAGCUGGUGAAUAAUAAGCUUUUCCUGUUGACAUUCAUCCGUACGCUGGAGCUGCAGCGUUCGUUCUCCAUGCGUGACCGUGGCUACAUGGCUUCUCUCAUCAUGACCGCCCUGCAAGGACGACUAGAGUAUGCCACAGACAUCCUCAAACACCUGCUAUCAGAUCUUAUAGAGCGCAACCUGGAGAGCAAGAACCACCCGAAACUGCUCCUUCGAAGAACGGAGUCGGUGGCAGAGAAGAUGCUGACAAAUUGGUUUGCCUUCUUGCUCCACAAAUUUCUCAAGGAGUGUGCUGGCGAGCCUCUCUUCAUGCUGUUCUGUGCCAUCAAACAGCAAAUGGAAAAGGGACCCAUAGACUCCAUCACCGGGGAGGCGAGAUAUUCCCUCAGUGAGGACAAACUCAUCCGCCAGCAGACUGAGUACAAGACUCUGACGCUGAGCUGUGUGAACCCCGACAACGAGAACAGCCCAGAAAUCCCUGUCAAGGUGCUCAACUGUGACACCAUUACUCAGGUGAAGGAGAAGAUCCUGGAUACGGUGUACAAGAACACGCCAUGUUCCCAGCGACCUCGAGCCACAUACAUGGACCUGGAGUGGCGGCAGGGAAGAACAGCUCGUGUGGUCCUGCAGGAUGAGGACAUCACAACGAAGAUCGAAGGCGACUGGAAGAGACUCAACACCCUCAUGCACUACCAGGUGUCUGACCGCUGUGUGGUGGCCUUGGUACCCAAACAGAUGUCUUCUUUCAUCAUCCCUUCCUCGGCCAGCUUCCCACGCAGCAUCAGCAGAUACGGUGUGGAUGUCCCAUUCCGCUCCACCCCCACCAGCCCCGACAGCCCCCACUCCAGAGUGCCCAUGCUCACUCCUGACAUGGAGAGCGGCGUCAAAGUUUGGCACUUGGUCAAAAACCACGAUCACGGGGACCAGAAGGAGGGUGAACGGGGCAGCAAGAUGGUGUCUGAGAUCUACCUGACGAGACUACUGGCAACAAAGGGCACUCUGCAGAAGUUUGUGGACGACCUGUUUGAGACUCUAUUCAGCACCGUGUGUCGGGGCACCGCCCUGCCUCUCGCCAUCAAAUACAUGUUCGACUUCCUGGAUGAUCAGGCUGACAGGCAUGGCAUCCAUGACAUGGAUGUUCGCCACACGUGGAAGAGCAACUGCCUCCCGCUGCGCUUCUGGGUGAACGUAAUCAAGAAUCCCCAGUUUGUAUUCGACAUCCAUAAAAGCAGCAUCACAGAUGCCUGUCUCUCUGUGGUGGCUCAAACCUUCAUGGACUCCUGCUCAACGUCCGAACACCGAUUGGGCAAAGACUCCCCAUCCACCAAGCUCCUCUACGCCAAGGACAUACCACAUUACAAAAGCUGGGUAGAAAGAUACUACGCUGACAUCAGCCGCCUACCUGCCAUCAGUGAUCAGGAUAUGAAUGCCUAUCUGGCUGAACAGGCUCGCCUCCACUCCAGUGAGUUCAAUGUGCUCAGUGCCCUCCAUGAGAUCUACGCGUACGUCAGCAAGUACAGCCAAGAGAUCACUGAGGCUCUGGAGCAGGACGAGCAGGCCCAGAGGCAGAAGCUGGCCUAUAAAGUGGAGCAGAUCAUCUUAGCCAUGUCUGCAGAGAGCUGAGAUUCACACCAAAAAAUAAUAAUACAGCUUACACAAAUAAACACGCACGCACAUGCACACGCACACACACACACACACACACACACACACACACACACACACACACACACACACACACACACACACACACACACACACACACACACACACACACACACACACAGACUUUAGAGAAAAUGGACCUACUGUGUGAACAGACAGACAAUAUCCACCCACACACAUGCAUAAUUACAUGAAUACAAAUGUACAUACACAAACCACAACACACAUCAAACAGCAGAAUGUCCCAAAGCCUGACUUAUGAAACCAACUUGACAUUUUUAAAUUUUAUUUUUAUUUUUGUAAAAGAAACCAACAUUCAGCCUCUAAAACACUCCCAACGGAGAGGAGUGAAAAAAGGACUGGGGACAUCAUGGUUGCAGAAUUUACUGCCAGCUCCUUUCCACCGAGCAAUGGUUUGUCUUUGUAGUUGAUGCUUUUACUAAGUGUGUGUGAGGCAUGGCUGGAGCUCAGGAGAAAGCUGCACUUAAAAAAGAACGUGAAAAAGUCACCGGAGGACCGAAUUUAAUGGGACAAAACAUCUGGACAGAUGAGAUUCAAAGUACCUUUUUUGUACGUCAGACACUUAUUCUCACCACAUAUCACUGUUUGCAGCAAUUUGCAGAAGAGAUCUUGUUGGUGUAACAUGUUUCUUUUGGGGCUUUAAGAGGCCUGAUCACCUGUACCUUUAGCUUUAGAAAGUAGUAAACUUCGCCACCGACGAGGCGUUUAAUAAUCCAGAUCACGGACUUCUAAUUUUAAACAUUCGAAGAGGUACUUUGGGCCCACUUACUGGCUCUUAGUGCCAAAUAUAAUGCAUCUCGUGUUUUAUCCAAGUUAAACGCUCCUGUCAAGGCGAUUAAUAAAACAUGCCAUUGUAGGGAAGAGAUCUCAUUUGAGAUGGGACACUUCCACGGUGAUCUAUGGACCACUAAUUCAGCCAUUCACAGAUAAGUGGAGCCCAAAUUGAGCUGUAGCAGAACGCAUGAUUAAUGAUGUUAUAAGCGUUAUUGUGGAUCAGAUUAGCCAAACCCCACUCACCCCCCCUCCCUUCCAUCUCAUCAGCUAUUGUUUACCUCCAGCUUAAUACUUGAAAUAUACCCGGUGUGCAAAAUAUUAGGAACACCUGCAGCUCCUAUGAAGUAAUCUGGAUGGAUUAAGUUGGACCAAAGCCUUGAUAGUUUAUUGAUUUCCUCAAUACAUCUAACUUAAGCAUGGCCUGGAAAUCAAAUCUAAGGAAGAUAAUUAAGGAUUUUGGUUUAAGACCAAAAAGGAGCUGUAGUUUACUGUAAAGGAAGUGUUUCUUACAUUUUGUAAACAGAGUGGAUGUUUAUUUAACUAAAUAUGUAUCUGGUUUUUGGUCCUCGAUAAAUGCGUUUGUUGCAUCACGCCGCUGUUGUUGCUUUACAUAGACGGUUCUUGUGUUUCAUCAUACAUGUAUAGGUAUUCCAUGUUUUAUUUUCACAUUGCAAUGUCUGACCUGGCUUCAUGUCUUUAUGCUGCUGUAGUUACGGUGCCAUUUUUGAACCUUAAAAUUUUAUCAUCAUCGUAGAAAAGAAAAUAUCUGUCUUAAUGUCACACCUAUUCAGGGUUUUUUGUUUUGAUCUUUUCACCUAACAGAGUGAUGACGGAGGGAGGCUUUUGUGUGCUUCAGUCCGAUUCAUCACAAGCUUAAGCUCUGAGUCAUCCGUAGCGCUGCUGAUGUGACCAGGUCAGUAUUCGUGGAGUUAUUAAACUCCUCACAGGACCUUGACUCGUGUUAUUAUAAAAGAAGAGAAAGUUUUAAAGAAAUGCAUUUCAUGUUAAGUGUUAAAAUACAAAACUUAUCUGUUUCAUUUGUGGUUUGAUAAUUUAUAAAUGUGUUGUGCAAUAAACAGUCAGAUGUUCAAACUGUAAUGUUUUUAAACUAUAUAUAACUGUACAAAUACUGUAUAUAAAAACACUCCUAUUUUGCAAGUAAAAGAUUCAAUUUUUACUGUUGUUAUACAUUAAAUAAGCAGCUGAUGACAAAGAA